GUAAACAUAAGAAUAGCUGCAGGAUUUAAAGCUGCGUCACAAAGUUUUAGAGGCAGAAAAGUUUGGGUCUGUUUUCGGCUGAGUUCGGUUCUCCCCGGUUUUCUUACGGAAAUCCCUGAAUACCUUGGUCUAUUUUCAUCUUCAGUCCGGCUUAGACAGGUCAUUUUCCCGCUUUCAGCAUGUCCGUGACGGUGAAAGCUUACCUGUUGGGUAAAGACGAGGCCGUGAAGGAAGUCCGGAGGUUCACCGUGGAUCCAGGUGUGUCCACGAGCUUCGAAUACCUGAGCAGGAAGACGGCAGGUGUGUUUACCUGUCUGAAGAACGAUGGCUUCAAUAUGUUCUAUAGAGAUGAAGAUGGCGACCUGGUGGCGUUCUCCUCUGAUGACGAGCUGAUGAUGGGUCUGGCCUGUAUGAAGGACGCUACGUUCCGUAUCUUCAUCAAAGAGAGGAAGGAGCACCGCAGAGACUUCCCUCUCCACGCCUUCCCACCUUUUGCCUUUGGUCACCCCCCUCCUCCUCUUCACCCCCUUGGACCCCAUCAGGGGCCCCCCCCUCACAUGACCCCACCCCCGGCCCUCCACCCCAACGUGACCUGUGAUGGUUGUGAGGGCUCUGUGAUCGGGACCCGCUUCAAGUGCACCGUGUGUCCCGACUACGACCUGUGCUCCACCUGCCAGGCUCAAGGGAAGCACACUGAGCAUGCUCUGCUGCCCAUUUGGCACCCACUGCAGUGGUUCCCUCGUGGCCGCUGGAUGAAGAAGAUGAGACACUGCAUGUGGAACCAGAACCUGAACCAAAACCAGAACCGUCCUCAGGACCAGGACCAGGCUGGACCCAGCAAACCAGCCUCUGAAGCUGAUGCCCCCUCAGCGUCUCAGGCAGGUGUGGACUUCCUGAAGAACAUCGGAGAGGGCGUGGCCGCCAUGUUGAGCCCACUGGGUAUUGACGUGGACAUCGACGUGGAGCAUGAAGGCCAGAGGACCAAAGUGACCCCGCCUACUCAGAGCGGUGCUGAGAGAGAUGUGGAGAUGACCGAGGCGAGCAGUGAGGGCGGGGCCAGCAAGGAUGGCGGAACCAAUGGCGAGGACAGGGCUAGCAAAGAGAGCAGGACCAACAGUGAGGGCGGAGCUACCUGCGAAGACGGGGCUAAUCAGCAAGAUGAAUUGGGCGAUGGUGAUGGAGCCAGCGACAAGUCAAAGGGGAGCAAAGACUCUGAUGAGGAGUGGACUCAUCUGAGCCCCCGUGAGGUCGACCCGUCCACUGGAGAGCUGCAAGACCAGGGCCUCCCAGGGCCCCCACCAGGACCACCAGGACCAACAGGCCUGAGAGAGGCGGCUCUAUACCCUCACCUGCCUCAAGAGGCCGACCCCCGUCUGGUGGAGUCUCUCUCUUCCAUGCUGUCCAUGGGUUUCACCGAUGAGGGCGGCUGGCUCACUCGUCUCCUUCAGGCCAAAAACUUCGACAUCGGCGCCGCCCUGGAUGCCAUCCAGUACGCCAAACAGCCCCGCCCACAUCAACCGUGAUGAUGUCAGCGCUGAUGUUCUCCUUCUUCACCAUGAUUCCUUUAUCUGAUAUUUACCGACUUAAUAAUCAAUCACCUGAUUACUGUUAUCAAUCAAUACGUCUCAUUGAUCACUGUUUCUACGUCUUUAUUAUCUCUGUCAUGAUGUUUAUCUGAUCAAUAAAAGCAUCAACAAACAAA